AUGUCCAAUCAAUCGCAGCGAGCUCAGAAUAAUUCGACUCAGAUAAAUAACGCCUUAAGGGCGUUGGAGGAAAAGCAACCACCGAAUAAAAGAGACUUCAGUGUCUAUAUUACGGAUGAAGGAGAAGAAUUAUCCACGAAGGAAAGAGCAGUUAAGGCGGUAGAGCCUCCGGCGAGCUUUAAACCAACAGACCAGCAAUUGUUUUUGCCUAAUGGAUUGCCGAAUUGUGAGUUUUUGAAAACACAUUUUAUACACGAAGGAAGAUUGCACGAAGAGCAGGCAAUUAGAAUUUUACGAGAUGCCAGCGAUCUUUUGGCCAGCGAACCCAACCUUUUGGAUGUUCCAGCACCGGUGACAGUGUGUGGGGAUGUUCAUGGCCAAUAUUAUGACUUAAUGAAAUUAUUCGAAGUUGGAGGUGAUCCAGCAAAUACAUCGUACUUAUUCUUGGGAGACUACGUUGACAGAGGAUCAUUCUCAAUAGAAUGUUUACUUUACUUAUAUUCGUUGAAAUUGAACUAUCCUGACACUUUCUGGAUGUUACGGGGUAAUCACGAGUGUAAGCAUUUAACGGAAUAUUUUACCUUCAAAUCGGAAUGUUUGCAUAAAUACUCGUCUACAUUGUAUGAAGAGUGCUUGAAGUCUUUCAAUGCAUUGCCAUUGGCAGCGGUUAUGAAUAAGCAGUUUUUCUGUGUCCAUGGGGGUUUAUCUCCUGAAUUGAGAACGUUGGAUGAUUUAAUUAGAAUUGACAGAUUUAAAGAGCCACCUACAAAAGGGCUAGUAUGUGAUUUGCUAUGGGCAGACCCUGUUGAGGAGUAUGAUGAUGAUGACAUUGACCAAACUUUCCUAAAAAAUACCGUGAGAGGAUGUUCAUACGCCUUCACCUAUAAAGCAGCAUGCCAGUUUUUGGAAAGAACUGGAUUGCUAUCGAUCAUUAGAGCACACGAAGCACAAGAUGCUGGUUAUAGGAUGUAUAAAAGAACAAAAACAAUGGGGUUUCCUUCAUUGUUAACUAUGUUUAGCGCACCGAAUUAUUUGGAUACUUACAACAACAAGGCUGCGGUGUUGAAAUACGAAAAUAAUGUGAUGAACAUUAGACAGUUCAAUUCAUCUCCCCACCCGUACUGGUUGCCGCAUUUUAUGGAUGUGUUCACUUGGUCCUUACCAUUUGUAGGUGAAAAAGUGACGGAUAUGUUGGUUUCGAUUUUGAAUAUCUGUACUGAAGAAGAGUUGGGUGAAGAGACUGUUGUUAAUGAUAGCUAUAAUGUCAAUGACCAAACGGCUAUUUCGGCCGUUGCAUCCUCGCCAACAUCAGAGCCCCCAAGUGAAGUAGACCCUGAUUCUUUUGAAGCCAAGAAACAAACUUUGCGUAACAAGGUCAUUGCUAUCGGUAGAGUUUCUAGAAUGUACCAAGUUUUGAGACAAGAGUCGGAAAGCGUGGCUCAUCUUAAACAAUUGAAUAGUGGUAUCUUACCGAAGGGUUCAUUAUUGCACGGUAGUGAAGGUUUGAAAAGAACAUUGUCUUCUUUUGAAGAGGCUAGAAAAGCAGAUUUGGUGAAUGAAGCAUUACCACCAUCAAAAGAAGAGGUUAAUAGGAGGGAACAAGAAAAGAAUGAAAAGAUUAAAAAAGAAAUCGAAAGUUCUCAAAAUAGUGGUCCAGUUUUCCAAAGAUUGAUCAGAAAGUUAUCCCAAGGUUAA